UAGGAAAAUAAAUAAUGUAAUGUUAAAAGCUGUGAUUCAUACAUUCUGACUUGUAAAGCAUUUGUGAAAUGUACUGAUGUCAUGAAGCAAACCAGGUGAUUCCUAAAUAACUUUGUAAUAUGCAAGAAAGCAGUUUCAGCUGUUACCUGAAAUUCAUUUCAAAAACUGUCCUUAAGAACAGGCUGAAGAAAUCUUCUGUUUCCCCCUUUCGUCUAGCCUCACCCCUUCCUUCCUUGAUGACAUCAGCACACGCUGAAGACAUGAAUGGGCCAUGAGUGGGAAUUAACUUUGCUUGGGGGUGUGUGAGUGAGAGCUUUGCUUUAGAAAGUGCUUCAUAGUCCUUGACCCUCUCUCCGGCUAUUGGCUUUCCCAUCAUGAUCUGCCUGGUCCAGCUUCUGGAUGCUUCAGGACACGGCACUGAUGGAUUUCUGAGACACUUAUUGCUAUUCAGUGAGGGAAGAAUUACAGACCCAGGGGGACUGAAAUGGAAGGAUCCUUGACCUCAGAAUUCCCUCAGCCCAGUCAGCGUGGAAGCUAAUGGAGACAUUGGCAGGAAAAUAGGCAAGAGGCAGAGAAAACAUGACAGAUGCCCAGAUAGCGGUUCCCAACUUUUCGUGUGCAUCAGAAUCACCCAGGGUCCUGUUCAAAAUACCCAUUCCAGAACUCCGUCUCCAAAGAUUCUGAUCCACUUGGUCUAGGGUGGGGCCCAGGAAUCUGCAUUGUAACAGACAUUCUGGGUCAUUCUGAUGCUGAUUGUCUGGAGCCCUCACAGAAAAAUACUUCCCCAAGUGUUAGACAUGGGUCCCUGCCCCUUAGCACGGGGGACAGGACCUCUCAAGCUUGCCACUCUCAUAGCCCAUGACUUCUUUCUGCCAGAUCCUACCACCAGGAGGAAUGCCAAGGCAGGACCCACAGCAAGAAACCGGUAUGCCAGCCAGUGGACCCUCAACAGACCCCACCCCACCAUUUCAGCACACACCCUCACCACAGACUGGAGGCUGCCGACGCCCAGGGCUGCGGGAUCAAUGGACAAGGAGAGUGACAGUUACAGUGUCAGCCCCUCACAAGACACAGAUCGAGCGCGAAGCAGCAUGGUCUCCACAGAAAGUGCCUCCUCCACUUAUGAAGAACUGGCCAGGGCCUACGAGCACGCCAAGAUGGAAGAGCAACUGAGGCACGCCAAGUUCACCAUCACAGAGUGCUUCAUAUCAGACACAUCAUCUGAACAGUUGACGGCAGGGACAAACGAGUACACGGACAGUCUGACCUCCAGCACCCCUUCAGAAUCGGGGAUCUGCAGGUUCACUGCAUCCCCCCCCAAACCUCAGGAUGGAGGUCGAGUGAUGAACAUGGCGGUUCCAAAGGCACAUCGGCCAGGUGACCUCAUACAUUUGCCUCCAUACCUUAGAAUGGACUUUUUGUUAAACCGAAGCGGUGCCAGCACCAGCAGGGACCUGAGUUUAGGGCAAGCGUGCUUGGAACCUCAGAAAAGUCGGACCCUGAAGCGACCCACGGUCCUUGAACCGAUCCCCAUGGAGGCGUCCUCCUCCACGUCCUCCACGAGAGAGGGACAGCAGUGGCAACAAGGGGCUGUGGCCACAUUACCUCAGCGAGAGGGAGCAGAGCUGGGACAGGCAGCUAAGAUGAGCAGCUCCCAAGAAUCCCUGCUUGACUCUCGGGGCCAUUUGAAAGGAAACAAUCCCUACGCAAAAUCCUACACCCUGGUAUAACAAAUAGCAUGACUGGACAGCAGUUGUAAAUACAAUUUAAAAAAUUCAAUCAAAGCUACCUUUUUUUUACGGAAUUCCAAUAUUUAUAAUUAAAGAAAAUUGCCAAAAUAUAUUAAAAAAAAAAAGAGAAAAUACUGAAACCACAGACAGUGCAAAGACUCUCCUGCUUUUUUUCUGUCUGAGUGUGAGCUCCAUCUGCCUGGGCAUCUGAUUUUUUGGGAAAGAAGUCCAGUUUUAUGAUCUUCACAGGCUAUUGCAUUUUUACUGAUUUUCUACAAAGUGCAUGGGGGACUAAUUAAACCUUCUGACUAGAAGUUCUAUCACACAAGAUUUAAGAACGAAAACAGGAAAAAAAAUUUACCCUCUUUGUGAAUUUAAAAGGAACCUUGAUUUGGGGGCAGGGGGGGAGACUUCAGUCACGUUUGCACACCUUUCUUUCCCAUUAGAAACUGGGUCUCAAUUUGACCUCCUUCUGUUGUUAAUUAGGAUGAGUGCCGUCAGUGAAGGGGUUGGGGGGGAAUCAAUUUGAUUUUCUUUUUUUCUUUCUGUUUAUUUUUUAAUUUAAUGAGACACUCUUUGCAUUUUGUCUAAGCGAAAUAAAAAAGGAAAGGUUGUCUGCCUUUAUUUUGGUGUCUACCUCUCUUGUCUCCU